GACAAGUCAUUGGUGUGUCAUCUUGUAAAAUACACCAAUUGUGAAGUGCCGAUGCUUUCCUUCAAAAUGAUUUAUAUGAGUGUGAGUUUAACUCUUUUAUCUGAGCAGCGCAGCAGACUAUAUCUGUUAGUAGCCAUAGAGGUACCUUUACAAACAGAACAGACAUUUUGUUCUGUCGUUUUUGAGAGCAUCAAGAGAAAAGAGCGGUCUUUCUGAUCACUUGAUAACACAACAGGUUCGUGGGGAUGCCAUUUCCGUGUUGUUGCGCACUCGGUCCUGUCAGUGCUGUUGCCGCCUCUUUGCCCGCGCGCGCCGCUCGGAGGAGCUCACAGACUUCAUAUUCUUGGGAAAUGACUUCCAGAGGAAAGCACGAGAACCGCACGCGACAGCUAUCUCUGCACGGGGACGGUGGAGCUUAUGAAAAACUCCUUUGCCGUAAGAAGAUGGCAACUUUAACCAACGGACAAGUGGACGGCUCAGUUCACGCCGGAGCGGCCAGCACAAACGGGCUCGUGAACGGAAUAAGCCACAGCCACAGUCCCGGGAGCUGCGCCACCAUUCCCAUGAAGGAUCACGAUGCCAUCAAACUGUUCAUCGGGCAGAUACCGCGGAACCUGGACGAGAAGGACCUCCGGCCGCUCUUCGAGGAAUUCGGCAAGAUCUACGAGUUGACUGUACUGAAGGACCGCUUUACGGGCAUGCACAAAGGCUGUGCCUUCCUGACAUACUGUGCGAGGGAUUCAGCUCUGAAAGCGCAGACCGCUCUGCACGAGCAGAAGACCCUGCCUGGGAUGAACAGGCCAAUCCAAGUGAAGCCAGCAGACAGCGAGAGCAGAGGAGAAGACAGAAAACUGUUUGUGGGGAUGCUGAACAAGCAGCAGUGUGAGGACGAUGUGCGGCGCCUCUUUGAGUCCUUCGGUGCCAUUGAGGAGUGCACCAUUCUUAGGGGUCCUGAUGGAAACAGCAAAGGUUGUGCAUUUGUGAAGUAUUCAUCUCAUGCUGAAGCUCAGGCAGCCAUUACUGCUUUGCAUGGAAGUCAGACCAUGCCUGGCGCCUCCUCCAGUCUGGUGGUGAAGUUUGCAGACACUGAUAAGGAGCGCACCAUCCGGCGCAUGCAGCAGAUGGCUGGUCAGAUGGGCAUCUUUAACCCCAUGGCCCUGCAGUUCGGCGCCUACGGAGCCUACGCGCAGGGUGUACCAGCCUGGAACACAGAAUUACAUAGCUCAUAUCCUGGAUGGCUAGUGGGAAAGACACAGGUGCAGCAGCAGGCCGCUCUGAUGGCAUCGGUAGGGCAGGGUGGCUACCUGAGCCCCAUGGCUGCCUUUGCUGCCGCUCAGAUGCAACACAUGGCCACCAUCAACGGUAUGCCAGGAGCCCCUAUGACCCCCACGUCAGGUGGCAGUACUCCUCCAGGUAUCACGGCUCCUACGGUGACCAGCAUCCCCUCCCCCAUCAGUGUGAACGGCUUCACUGGCCUCCCCCAGCAGGCCAAUGGACAGCCCCCUGCUGAGGCGGUCUUCACCAACGGCAUACACCCCUACCCAGUCUUGCAGGAGGUGGUGUUUAGGGAGGACUCGGAGAGCUCCCGCAGCUGUUUUGGGGUGCAGGGCAGCUGUUUCCUGUCCCCCUCUCUGAAGGAAGCUCAGAGUCCAACUGCAGCUGAUCCCCUUCAGCAGGCUUAUGCCGGAGUUCAGCAGUAUGCAGCCUACCCAGCAUACGGUCAGAUCAGCCAGGCCUUUCCCCAGCUCCUCCCCAUCCCACAGCAACAGAGAGAAGGGCCGGAGGGCUGUAACCUGUUCAUCUAUCACCUUCCUCAGGAGUUUGGGGAUGGCGAACUCAUGCAGAUGUUCCUGCCUUUCGGUAAUGUCAUCUCCUCCAAAGUGUUUGUGGAUCGCGCGACAAACCAAAGUAAAUGCUUUGGCUUUGUGAGCUUCGAUAAUCCAGGCAGUGCCCAGGCUGCCAUCCAGUCCAUGAACGGCUUCCAGAUCGGCAUGAAGAGGCUGAAGGUGCAGCUCAAGAGGCCGAAGGACGCCAAUCGCCCAUAUUAACCCCGCCCCCCUCACCGCCCCUCCACCCUGGGGGCGGGGCUCCACCGCUGUGCACAGGGAACAACAGGUUUUUGUAGAGCUGGACCACACGUUGACAACAUGACAAAAACGUCGUUGACAUCAAAAGAAAACAAACAAACAAAAAAAAAAGGACCAGAUUGUGCUGGGGAGUUGAGCUUCAGAUGGAGAUGGGCUGACCGUGGAUGAUGGAGAGCCAGCCCCCAGAGAGGA